AUGAAGCGUUCUUAUUCUCUUUUACUACCAAUCCUUGCGUUGGGCAAUACUGUGACUGGAUCCGUGAUUGCCAGGCGAGACUUGUGUGGUCAGUAUGAAACCCAAUCUGUCGGACCAUACACUUUUUACACGAACCUCUGGGGCGAGAGCAGUGCUACAUCUGGAUGGCAGUGCUCUGGCAUUGACUACCAUAGCGGAAAUGAAGUUUCAUGGCACACUGUUUGGGACUGGGCGGGAGGCCCAUCUUCUGUCAAGAGCUACUCAAACAUUGAGUAUGCAUUUGGUUGGAAGCAGUUUUCUUCCAUCUCGAACAUCCCAACAACCUGGAAUUGGAAAUACACAGGCUCAAAUGUCGUUGCGGAUGUCUCGUAUGAUAUUUUUACCUCUCCCUAUCCCGAUGGACCAGCUUCCUAUGAGAUCAUGAUCUGGGUCGGUGCACUUGGUGGUGCUGGGCCUAUCUCUAGCACUGGAAGCCCGCUUGCGACUGUCGAUAUUGCUGGCGCUACAUGGAAGCUUUACAAAGGCCCCAAUACCUCUUGGACGGUCUUUAGCUUCGUUGCUGAAAACGAACAGACAACUUUCAAUGCGGAUCUUAUGGACUUUUUCCACUAUCUGAUUCAGAAUGAAGGCUUCCCUGCUAGCCAGUACGUGCAACAUAUUGCAUCUGGGACCGAGCCUUUUGAUGGAAUCAAUGCGCAGUUGACAACUACUGAGUACAUGAUCUCGGUCAACUAA